ACAGAGGAGAGAGAAAACUGCACCAAUAAAGAUCAGGACAGCAACAGCCUGAACUACUGCAACUUAUCUUCAUAUAUAAUAUCAUCCUAAUACAUACAUCCAACAGCCACAAUUAAGAUGUCCCCGGCUAAAGGAAUUGCUAUUGGCAUCGACCUGGGCACCACCUACUCCUGUGUGGGGGUGUUUCAGCAUGGAAAAGUGGAGAUCAUUGCUAACGACCAGGGAAACAGAACAACACCCAGCUACGUGGCCUUCACAGACACAGAGAGGCUCAUCGGAGAUGCUGCAAAAAACCAAGUGGCCAUGAACCCCAACAACACAGUUUUCGAUGCCAAAAGGCUGAUUGGCAGAAAGUUUGAUGAUUCCGUUGUGCAGUCAGACAUGAAGCACUGGCCCUUUCAGGUGAUCAGCGAUGGAGGCAAGCCGAAGGUUCAAGUGGAGUACAAAGGAGAGAGCAAAUCCUUUAACCCUGAAGAGAUCUCCUCCAUGGUUCUUGUGAAAAUGAAAGAAACUGCAGAGGCCUAUCUGGGGCAGAAGGUUACAAAUGCUGUUAUUACAGUCCCUGCAUACUUCAAUGACUCUCAAAGGCAGGCUACUAAAGAUGCUGGGGUAAUAGCUGGACUGAAUGUCCUGAGGAUCAUUAACGAGCCUACAGCUGCAGCGAUCGCCUAUGGUUUGGACAAAGGCAAGAAGGGAGAGCAAAACGUUCUGAUCUUUGACCUGGGUGGUGGUACCUUUGAUGUGUCCAUCCUGACCCUUGAUGAUGGAAUCUUCGAGGUGAAAGCCACAGCAGGAGACACUCACCUUGGAGGAGAGGACUUUGACAAUCGCAUGGUCAACCAUUUUGUGGAGGAAUUUAAAAGGAAGUACAAGAAGGACAUCAGCCAAAACAAGCGGGCACUAAGGAGGCUGCGUACCGCCUGUGAGAGAGCCAAGAGAACCCUGUCCUCCAGCUCUCAGGCCAGCAUUGAAAUUGACUCCCUGUUUGAGGGCAUUGACUUUUACACUUCAGUCACCAGAGCCCGGUUUGAGGAGUUGUGCUCAGACCUCUUUAGAGGAACAUUAGAGCCAGUGGAGAAAGCCUUAAGAGAUGCCAAGAUGGACAAGGCCCAGAUUCAUGACAUUGUCCUAGUUGGAGGUUCUACCAGAAUCCCCAAGAUCCAGAAACUCCUGCAGGAUUUUUUCAAUGGCCGUGAAUUGAACAAGAGCAUCAACCCAGACGAGGCUGUGGCUUAUGGCGCUGCAGUUCAGGCUGCCAUACUAAUGGGUGACUCUUCUGGCAAUGUCCAGGAUUUGCUGCUGCUGGAUGUGGCUCCACUGUCCCUUGGCAUUGAGACAGCAGGAGGUGUCAUGACUACACUCAUCAAACGCAACACCACCAUCCCCACCAAGCAGACGCAGACCUUUAGCACAUAUGCAGACAACCAGCCUGGUGUUCUGAUUCAGGUGUAUGAGGGUGAGAGAGCCAUGACAAAAGACAACAACAUGCUCGGGAGGUUUGAGCUGACGGGCAUCCCACCUGCUCCACGUGGAGUUCCUCAGAUCGAGGUGACACUUGACAUUGAUGCUAAUGGAAUUCUGAAUGUCUCUGCUGUGGACAAAAGCACUGGCAAAGAGAACAAAAUCACCAUCACCAAUGACAAGGGCAGACUGAGUAAGGAAGACAUUGAGAGGAUGGUGCAGGAAGCAGAUAAAUACAAAGCAGAGGACGAUCAACAAAGAGAGAAGAUUGCUGCCAAGAAUUCCCUGGAGUCAUACGCCUAUAACAUGAACAACAGUGUAGAAGAUGACAACAUGAAAGGCAAAAUCAGUGAAGAUGACAAGAAGAAAGUAACUGAAAAGUGCAGCCAGGCGAUUUCAUGGUUGGAGAACAACCAGCUGGCUGAUAAGGAGGAGUUUGAGCACCAGCUAAAGAAACUGGAGAAAGUCUGCAACCCUAUCAUCACUAAACUCUAUCAGGGAGGGAUGCCUACUGGAAGCUGUGGAGCUCAGGCACGAUCUGCCUCAGGAGCAAACACUCAAGGGCCAACUAUUGAAGAAGUGGAUUAAAAUAUGAACUAUACGUGAACUAAACCUUAUACAUAAAUCUUAAUUAUUUUGUCCCAAUUGUUUUCUGGUCUUUUUGAAUAGGUACUAUUACUUUUUUCAGAUCUAGCUAUCUGUCUGUCUAUCUAAUUGCAUUACAGGUUAAAUAUAAGGCUGAGUAAAUAUAAACUGGGAACAUGAUAAAUAUCUUAUUUUGCAAUAACAAUGAUUGUAACUGAAAAAUAAUGAGUUGUGCAAAACAGAACACUCACAUACUUGUAAAUAUUGUCAAUAUACUUAUAUGCUAUAUAAUGUAAUUCAUUUUUGUAGCAGCAGUUGUCUUCUUCUUGUGUUUAGAUCUGAAUGUUUUGAUGUAAACUUUGUAUUAAGAAUGAAAUAAAGUAUUUUCAAUUUACUGUAAUGCCCUGAAUGUUCUUCUAUCUCAGAGAAUAAAUAACGUAAUGUUUUCCAGCUCAGUGAUUACUGGGGGCUAAAAAGAAAAUACCAACUGUUAGCCAGCAGAGGUCAGUAUUUCUGUGGUUAUUUAAGGUAAUGUGGUCUUCCUGUCAAAGAGCUUUCUCCAAAGAGCUUUCUCCAAAGAGCUCAUUUAUGAAAGCAUUGUUUGCC